UUGGGUAAUUCGUCACUAGCCAAAGUACAUACAUUCCAGUAGGGAAACAUUUAUUACUUGCUUUCGAGUUUAGUAGAGUAAGAGCCUACGAAAAUGGCAACAUUGUUUAAGUUAGCAUGUGUUGUUCUUGCUUGUAUGGUUGUCAUUGUACCAUUUGUAGCUGAAGGUGCAAUCUCAUGUGGUACGGUGGUUAGUAAGUUGUCACCAUGUGUUGGCUACUUGACGGGAUUAGGUAGUCUUCCAGCUAAUUGUUGUACAGGAGUCAAAUCUCUUUAUCAAGCUGCUCAAACUACUUCUGAUCGUCAAACUGUUUGCGGUUGCUUGAAGAAUGCUGCCAAGUCUAUGACUAAUAUUAAAAUGUCUAACGCUGCCUCACUCCCUGGAAAAUGUGGUGUUAGCAUCCCUUAUACAUUCAGUACCUCCAUUGAUUGCUCUAAGGUAAACUAAAUACAAAAAAUGUUCCGAUUCAGGAUAUGCAAUAAGAUUACCAAGCUAUGAUUAAGAAUAAUUGGAUGGUUAGGUGAUGAAGGAUCAUAAGGACUUAUGCAAACCUUAAUUAUCUAUCAUUUACUGCUAUAAGCUUUGUUAGCUAUGUUAUUGCUGUGAUGUCGUUGUUAUCGUGUGUAUCAGUUGUUAGUGUCAUCAUCCUACCUCUUAUAUAUUUAAUAAAAAUUUAGCUACUUACUGUA